UGCUAACUAACUCAAUCACGUUAGUCAUCAUAUCGGGCCCCUGAUAUUAUCCUUAAUGGUGAGGCUCACAGUCGACAUUCGAUACGAAGAAAGCGAGGCAUUGUCGGAGAUCCUGGACUUAACCGGACGUAAGCCGAUGAGAAGAUGUAGGGCAACGCCAUCAGCGCCAAAGGUUGUAUGUCUGGUUCCAACGGUAGCGGGAUUUCGAGGUGGGUAUUGGAGAUAGCAAUAAUAGGGCUGGAGGGAGGGAGAAUAUAAAUAGGUGAGUCUGCUCCACGCUCAGUUGCGUCUAUUUUCCGAUACCCAUCUCCGAGCCAAGCUCUCUCUUUCCCAGCAAACAUAUUCUUUGGACCAGCCUUCCAAUUUCGAACUUGUCUCAACAAGUCGUAAUCAUCCUUCGAAAGAACUCACCAUGUCGACAUACAAAGCCCUAGUCAUCUCAGCAUUCGACAAGCCAAUUGCCGUCCAAGAACUCCCUACUCCCACUAUAACCCCAGGCUCGGCCCUAAUCAAUCCUCUUUACGCAGGACUCCAACCAUACUCCCGUGCUAUCUUCACUGGCAAAGUACCGUACCCACUCAUCCUUCCUUUGACGCCAGGGACAACCUGCAUUGCCCGUGUUGAAGCUGUCGGCGCCGAUGCAACGUCCCUCAACCCCGGCGAUAUUGUGUGGGUCGAUGCUACCAUCCUUGGUCGAGAUAAUCCUGACAAUCAAAUUCUCCUCGCUCUACAUGGCGGCUCCAAUGCUGGAUCUCAGAAACUAAUGGCUGAUGUUUGGAGGAAUGGAUGCUGUGGAGAGAAAACCCUCGUUCCCCUCGAGAACUGUCACGUCCUCCCAGAAUCACUGUUCAAGACCAAGGAAGAAGGUGGCAUGGGAUAUCACUUUAAAGACCUGUCCACCCUAAGCACCGUUUUAGUCCCAUAUGGAGGCCUUGAAUCCGCAGGUGUUGGCGCAGGCACUACCGUCAUCGUCGCUCCCGCAACCGGAAAAUUUUCGGGGGGCGCCGUCUUAGCUGCCCUCGCCAUGGGCGCGAAAGUAAUAGCCGCUGGUCGCAACGAAGCUGGGCUCCAGAAGCUCUUUAACUUCCCCGGUGCAAAGGAGCGUCUCACCACCGUCAAACUCCAAAGUGACGUCGAAAAGGACGCCGCCUCUCUCCUCGCUGCAACAGGUGGCAAAGGCGCGCACGUCUACAUCGACCUCUCACCACCCGCUGCCUCGGGACCGACUACCGCCUCUCACAUCAAAUCCAGUAUUCUCGCACUCCGCCGAAAUGGCCAAGCGGUCAUGAUGGGAGGCGUAACUUCGAAUAUUGAGCUCAAUUAUGGGCUGCUGAUGUUCCAGAAUAUAUCUGUGAGGGGUCAGUUUAUGUACGACCGGAGGCAGAUUGAGCAAUUCAUCCAAAUGCUGGAGAAUGGAAAUUUGAUUUUGGGGGAAAGCGUGGGGUUGACGGUUGCGGGAAGUUUUCCGAUGGAGAAGGCGGAGGAGGCGUUGGAUUUGGCGGAAAAGGGGACGGGGUGGGGGAAUGAUGUUUUGGUGGCGCCAAAUGGGGAGGAGGGGAUUUGAAAAUAUGUUUUAAGCAUGAUGUUGUGCAGCCCGUCGUUUU